UUCCAUUGCUUGCGCUUGCACAAGUUGGCAGCCAAAGAACUAGACAAUGAAAAACGUUGCAGGUGUCUACCCCCGAUGUAAGAUUUACCAUUGGUCUAAUACCUAAAUAUUUUCCUCCAGGAUUUCCGCAUGCUUUCCUUCUGCCAGAGCUAGACUGGAGUCCUAGGCGUCAAAAUGGCUGCCCAAGUUGACGUAAAGAACUAUUUCAAAAUAGUCAUCAAAGGAGCCAGUAACAAGUGGGAGGAGCUUGCGGAUGAGCUGGGGUUCGACGAUAACGAGAUAGGUGUCAUCCGAGACUUGAAGCGAGACGAUGACCGCAGGUGCAAGGAAAUGCUGACCAGGUGGAGAAACAGGAAGGGACGUGACGCUACUCUACAGGUUCUGAAGAAGGCACUCAUCGACAUUGACCAAGCGAUGGUAGCACAGAGCUUAAAUGGUGAAAGCGGCAUUCCUGUUCCACCGGAAAGCGGCACUGCUGUUCCACCGGGAAGCGGCGCUGAUGUUCCAUCCAGCAGCGGCGCUGGUGUUCUACUAGGAAGCGGCGCCGAUGUUCCCCUUGGAAGCGGCGCUGGUCCAAAACGAACCAUCUUGUUGGUCAACGACGAGUAUGGCACCUCCAAGGGGGGAGUUUCUACCAUCAACUACCAGGCGGGCCAAAUGCUGAGCGCCGCAAACGCAACCGUGUACGCCACAGCCCUGUGGGUGCCGAAACGAGACCAGGAGGCAGCAGACAGGGACGGCGUGAUGCUGAUAGGCCCAGAUCUGCUAGGUAAGAAGGACGAGCCAACUUUAGACUGGCUGACCUACUACCACGGAGUCCACUACCCAAACCUCCCAAAGCACGUCGACUGCAUCAUCGGUCAUGCUCCCAUAACAAAUACGGCGGCACGAAACAUCUGGGAACAGCGCUACCCACUGGCAGACCUCAUGUCGUUCAACCACGUCCUACCCGAGGAUACAGAGUACUACAAGGGAGGUCGGAAGCCCAUGGAAGCAUGGAAGAAAGAGGAGGAUAUCCUUGAUAAAGUCAAUAACGCACUGGCAGCUUUCUCGGUGGGCAAACGGAUCUAUGACCACUUCGACACCAUGUACAAGGCAGACAAGAAACCGCGGAGUCACUACAUCUUUCUCCCGAAGCCAUCCGAGAUAUUUAUGGACACCAAUGUGAGUCCUGGAGGAGAGCAAAAAGUCGUCUUGUGUAUCGGCAGGGUGAGGAAGGUGGAGAAGCUGAAAGGUCAUGACCUCGCAGCAGAGUCCAUGGGACAGGCGGUGAAGGAGGUCAAGAACGCCAGGUUACGCGUGCGCGGCAUCAACGAGGAUGAUUGGGAGGCGAGCAAGAAGAUCCUGGAGAAAAACCUGAACAGCCCCGAUUUGAACCCCACCCUCCUGCCGUACGGAACACAAGAGGACAUCAGGAAGGACAUGAUGACAGCCCACCUGGUCCUGAUGCCGUCCCGCUCCGAGCCGUUCGGACUGGUCGGCCUGGAGGCCAUCGCGGCGGGCAUUCCCGUCCUCAUCUCAAACCAGACCGGCCUGGCAGAGAUGAUCAUGGACCUGAUCAAACAGAAGAAAAUCAACGACGAGCACAGGCACGUCAUCGUGGCGACCAGCGUGAACGACUCUGACCGAGCCGGCGAUGUGAAGAGGUGGGCUGAAAGAAUCGUGGACAUCCUCAAGUACAGCGACUCGGCGUUCAAGAAAGCUGCCAGGUUCAAGCGGGAGCUGGUGGAGUCAAGGUACUGGGAGGAAUCCCACCGCACCUUCCUGCAGGCCUGCGGCAUCUCAACUUGAGCUGCACAUCAUUAGAGGUCACGGGACAACAGUGGACACGGUGAACGCAAUAAUCCUAAAUUUUACCUUCUGUCUAAUGCCAAAACCAAUACAGAUUUGGUGCCAUUAUGUCUACGUUAGGCCUACGUCACAUUUCCAAACCGAGGCCCGGCAGGGCAGCUUUCGGGAACGAAAUACACAAUAAUAGUUGUGAGCAUUAUAUCUGUAUAUUUUUUACGCAUACAUCUCUAUUUGUCAUUUCCACAAACAGCCCGGCCAGGCCCCGGUUUGGAAAUGUGACGUUAGCCUUCGCAGGCCAAAGGUUUAUUAUUGAGUUAUUUCGGAUAGUAAACACAUGUUGCCAAAUCCAAAGCCAGCUUCAGUGAAACUCAUCAAAUUGCCUUUUUUGCUGCUGCCCACCCAAAUGUCAAGGAUCAGGACAGCUAAAUUUGAGUCACGCAGUACACCUGUAUCAGGAUGUUAAGCUUUACUUUCAUGCUACAUGUACUUCAAUUGUUAGGUGCUCCAAGACGAGUAGAUGAUGUACACUAUCAGCAAGUUGUACCAAUUCAUAUGGAUGAGUAGACUAUAGUUUUAGGUAGCUAGCUGUAAAAUGGUUGUAAUCAUCACUGGCAAGGAGAUUCUGUUUCCAUGUUUUCUUUGUUUGAAAGCAGGAAAUUAACUUACGAAUUCUUAGAAGCAAGAAGGUUAUGUCUUAGUUUAGGGAGACAGUGGUUAGAUGUUAUCAUAAGUGAUUCCGGAUUUCAAAGAAACUAAAACCAUUUCAAGACGAAUUAUUGAUCGAAUCCAAUCGUACCUUUAUUUCAAACUAUCUUUAGAAUAGGUAUAAUCACUUGGGGAAAAAAGACUGCCCAUACUGACCAGGUAGAGAUCUCCAAGUUUCCUUUCAUAAGGAACUAUAACUGAGAAGGGAAUGGAAUAUUAAUUUUUUCUACAUUUAAUACCAGAGAUAAUAUUGCCUACUGGGAGCACCUUUGUAAUGCUAACAGGAUUGAAUACAAUAUCUUUGGAAA